CCCUGGGCGUUCUUCCACUUGGUAUGCUCCAAGAUGGCAGCCCCCAUAGCGAGGCGCUGGUUUCUUCUGGCCCGGAGAGUGCCUCUGCCUCCAAUCUCCCUGGCAGGUAAAAGAUGCCUCCUUUCUGCAGCAUAUGUGGACAGCCACAAAUGGGAAGCAAGAGAAAAAGAACAUUGUCACCUUGCUGAUCUAGCAUCUUUAAUGGAUAAAACAUAUGAGAGAAAGCUGCCUGUUAGUUCUUUAACAAUAUCACGGUUUGUGGACAACAUUUCAUCUAGAGAAGAGAUAGACCAUGCAGAGUAUUACCUUUACAAAUUUCGACACAGCCCCAAUUGUUGGUACCUGAGAGACUGGACUAUCCACACCUGGAUUAGGCAGUGUUUAAAAUACGGUGCACAAGACAAAGCCUUAUAUACUCUUGUAAAUAAGGUCCAAUAUGGAAUUUUUCCAGAUAACUUUACAUUCAAUUUACUGAUGGAUUCUUUCAUAACAAAAGAAAAUUACAAAGAUGCUUUAUCCGUGGUUUUCGAGAUCAUGCUGCAAGAAGCCUUUGAAGUGCCUUCUACUCAGCUUCUGUCCCUCUAUGUUUUAUACCAUUGCCUGGCCAAGAAGACAGACUUCAGUUGGGAAGAGGAGAGGAAUUUUGGUGCAUCGCUAUUACUCCCAGGCCUAAAGCAAAAGAACUCAGUGGGGUUGAGUUCCCAGUUGUAUGGCUAUGCACUUCUUGGGAAGGUGGAGUUGCAGCGAGGGCUCCGGGCUGUGUACCAUAACAUGCCUCUGCUGUGGCAACCCGGCUACCUCAACAGAGCCCUUCAAGUGAUGGAGAAGGUGGCCUCGUCCCCGGAGGACGGGAAGCUGUGUGCAGAAGCGCUGGAUGUGCUAGACAGAACGCUGAAGGCUGUGACUGCUCCAGCCUGUGGGUCUUCAGAGGCACAGCCCCAAGAAGAAGACGACCAGGGCUCAGAAGAACUGGUGGAGCAGUUGGACGUGGAGGAAACUGAACAGUCCAAGCUUCCCCAAUACCUGGAACGAUUUAAGGACUUACAUUCUAAGCUUGAGGCUUUGGGCAAAGUUGAAUCAGAAAGUCCUUUGACUCUGACCAUCCAGCUCAUCAAGGAACAGCUCCCCACCUUUGAAGCAGAAGAUAUCGCAACCUAUGAGCAGAAGCUGCAGCAAUGGCAUCUGGAACGGGUACACUUGAUUCAGAGGGAACAGGAGCAGAGGGAGAAGGCAAAGCAGGAGCAUGAGGCCCGGAGGGCAGCAAAGGCAUCUGCCUAACAGGCCCUCAGGCCCCCAGGCCCCACAGAGGAACUUCAUUAGGCCCCGUCCUAGGAUUCUUGCUGACCAUGAUGGCAGCCUCAGCUUCCUCUGCCUGUCGUCUCCUUUUCCUCAAGCAGGCUGCUUGUGACAGAAAGCCACAGUGUUCAACAUAUUAAGGCACUGUGACUUCCCAUCAGAUGCCUAGGAGGGCUGCUGAGCUCUGAGUGGCAGGUGAUCAGACUGAAGCCCCAGCUAAACACCUUAAAAAGGUGCUAUCAAGGCUUAUGGUGGGGUUUCCGGGGUCAGGUAUCAGUGUUGAACAUUGAAAGUCCCUGAUACGUAGCAGUGGUGGAGGGAGAGGCCGUGUUUGAACAGCCUGGUCUUGAGCACAGGCUUCUGAGUGGCCUCUCUCCCCAGCAGGCAAACUGCACGUCCUGAGGCCUCCUCCCCCUCAGUGUCCUCCCAGCCUGAGCUGGGUGUGGGGCACCCACACAUCUCACUUUCUCCCUCCCCCAUGUCUCUGCUCUGCAGACCUAAACUGGGAAGAAAUUGAGGACAGGAAUGAACAUGACACCAUGAACCCACUGGCUUUCAAAUUUCAGGCACCCACAGUAACAUUUUUAGAAUGGAAGCGUUUUUGAGGAGAAAGAUAACUCUAGCUCUGAAGCCUCCUGAGCUUGGCUUCUCCAUCACGUUGGGGUAACUUCUUUCCAAAGCAUUGUCUCAGCUCCUUCCUCAAGGAGGUAAAGUGAGCCUUUUGUGUCCACGCAUGCACACAUGUGCAACUUGUGAACACACAUUGCCGUUGGAGAAAUAGGAGAAAACGAGAGGCAGGAUGGGGCUUGUAGUGCAUAGGAGACAUUAACUGUGAACCUCCCAGGGAGUGGAAAUUCCUUCCUGAAGUUUCUCUGUGAAAGGGGUCAGGGGCAGCUCCUGCUUGCUGUAUACAUUUGCCUGUAAGUACAGUGGUAUACUUUUAUUCAAGGUCGUGCUCUUUUAAUCAAGAACCUGUGGAAAUAAAUGUUCUGGGAUUAUUUUGGUA